AUGGGAGGCGACCGCGGCUCGUGGAGCGCCCCACAAGAUUCCAAGACUGUGCGCGAUAUCAGCGGCAGCGGCAGCGGAGCAGCCGCAGCAGCAGCCGCCCGGCCGCUGGCGAUCACUAUCGGGUUUUCGCAGGAGGACGAGGACCCCGACACCUGCUACAUCUGUCUUUCCUCGGAGGGCCCGAUGCUGGUCAACGUGUGUGCGUGCCGCUCGCUACGCGCACACCGCAGCUGCCUUCUCGAGCUCACGCGCAGGCAGACUGGUCCACCGGUCUGCGGCGUCUGCCGCCAGGAAAUUUGCCCGGAGGAACUCGAGCUCUCCCUGCCUGCGGUGGAGCCCGUGGCUCCGGGCUCCCAGUGGGGCAAGACCCUCCGUGUCACCAGCCAGAUCGUCAACGUCAUCUUCGGCGUCCUCGGGUCGGUGGAGGAGGUGGUGGUGGGGACCGUGGCGGCGGUGAGGGCGGAGGCGGCGACGGGGGGGGUGGAGAGGGCGGAGGCGGAAGGGGCGGCGGUGGUGAUGGCGGUGACGGCAAGGAGGGAGGGUCUGGAGGCGGAGGAGGGCGCGGCGAAGGGGAGGGUGGUGGUGGAGAGGACGGCAGAGGAGGGGGCGGCGGCGGCGAAGGUGGCGGUGGUGGCGGCGGUGGUGGCGGGGGAGGCGAAGGCGAGGGAGGGGGGCUUGGUAGAGGAGAGGAGGGCGGCGGCAGCAACGGGGAAGGCGGAGAGGGUGGCGGCGGGGAGGGCGGUGGCAGCCAGGGCGGCGGCGGAGACGGAGGCGACGGAGAGGGAGGUCGAGGCGGAGAAGCGCGCCAAGGGCAAGAAGGGCAAGAAGAAGAAGAAGAAGGGCGGAGGGGCGGGCGCGGCUGGGCCGUCGCAGGAGACGGAGGAGGGUGCUGAGGCGCCGGCAGAGGCAGCUGAGGCUGCAAGGAAGGCCGAGGAGGAGAGAAUGAUCAGGCUUCUCGAGAAGUGUCACGAGGAGAGGAUCCGGUUCGGCAUCACGGCGGCGAGCCAGGCGGCGGCGUCGGCAGUGGUGGCUAAGGCGGUGCGCUUGGACGCUGAGGCGGACGAGGCGGAGGAGGAGGCGGAGGCGGACGAGGAGGCGGCGGCGGCGGCAGAGGCGGCUCGGGCGGCGGCGGCGCAGGCGCAGGCGGAGAUCGUCGCAGCGCUGGAGGAGGCCAACGCGGCGCUCGCGGACGCGACGGCCGCUGCAGAGGCGAGCGCUGCUGUUGCGGCUGCUUCGAAGGCCAAGGCGACCGCUGCCAGGAUGGCCGCGGAUGCAGCCGAGCAGCAGCGCUCGUGA